GCUUGACUGGACGCCGGCGCUGUUCCACCAGAGAAGGCUGGGCGUACCGGGGUGACCUCUGGCUCCCGCGGCCUCUCCUUCGGCUACGCCUCCUGGUCGGUUGGCGACGCUGUGGCCCCGGAGCCGGGGGCUAAGCCACCUCCGGGCCCCUCACUGUCACUACCCGGCGUGAUUGCCCGCAGGUUUCUGGGCCCUUCGUGGGGCUCCUGGUUGGUGUCGUUCAUUCCACCACUGACUCGGCUUAUCAAUGAUGAUGUUUGGAAAAAUUUCGAGACAGCUCUGCAGCUUAAAGAAAAUCCCAUGGUCAUGUGACUCCAGAUACUUCUGGGAAUGGUUGAAUACAGUGUUUAAUAAAGUAGAUUAUGAACGCCUCAGGGAUGUUGGCCCUGACAGGGCAGCAUCUGAGUGGCUACUUCGGUGUGGAGCCAAAGUCCGCUACUGUGGCCACCAGAAGUGGCUCCAGGACUAUAACACACUCCCAGCAGGCUCUAUAGACAGAUACAAGAUUCAAGCAAUUGAUGCCACCGAUUCUUGUAUCAUGGACAUUGGCUUGGAUCACAUGGUGGACCUAGAACAUGUUGAAAAAAUAACACUAUGCAAGUGUCAUUAUAUUGAAGAUAACUGUUUGCAGAGGCUUAGUCAACUUGAAAAUUUACGAAAAAGCCUAUUGGAACUGGAAAUAAUUUCCUGUGGGAAUGUCACAGACAACGGCAUCAUUGCUCUGCGACAUUUUAGGAACCUCAAGUAUUUGUUCUUAAGUGAUCUUCCUGGAGUAAAAGAUAAAGAAUACCUUGCCCAAGUCCUUAAGACAGCACUGCCUUCUCUGGAACUAAAAUUAAACCUGAAGUAAAAUCCGUGUCUGCUUUCACUAUUAAGGAUCAUUUGAAAUUGCUGAUACUAGAUAGCUACAGAUAUUACAUAAUCACCAAUAGAACUGUGAAAAUGGUUCAGAAAUGAAGAAUGGAUGCCAGGAAGAGAAUAACUAAUCAAAAGUGACUCACUAAAGUUACUUAGUUGAAAGUGAGAAAUUAUGUACAUUGAAUCAUUUUUUAAAAAUACAGCAUAGCAUUUUAAUUCUAAUGUAUUUCUCAUUUAUAUAUAUGUAUAUAUUUCUUUAAACUGCAAUGCAAAUAUUCUUCCUUACAAUAAUUCAUACCACACUGAAGCAUGUUACUGUGAAUGUACAGUUAUGAAACCUGAAAGCUCAGGUAUAGACGCACUGCUAGAAUUCAUUGAACAGAGUUGUCGUGGCAUUGAGAACAGCAUGGAAUCCAUUGUACAGGGUUGUCGUGGCGUUGAGAGCAGCGUGCUGUAUUGCUUCCCAGGAUUUGCUUGCUUGCCCAAGCUCCUUCAUUGCUGCAUUCCUAGUCAUACAUAGUUUUAAAAAUACCCUUUCUCAGAAAGAGAGUUGCUGGCUACUCUGUCCUACUUUAAAGCCCGAGCUGCGUCCUGCUGGUUAAAACAGAAUGUGCAAUACUUAUCUACACCCAACUAGUUUUGCUGGUAAAACAGGAAACAGGCUACCUUACUCCCCAUCUGCUUCAAACAGGAAUGUGUGUUUGUUAGAUGCUAAUUUUGCUAUCUCUCAAAUACUUUGACUUCUACCUUCUAUGAACUCAAGGGAUAUAAAAAUAUAAAUACAAAAAUGAAUUUAAUUAAAAAAAACUGAUAAAGAAUACCAUAAGUAAAUGAAGGCUAGUCUUUAAUUUCUUAAUAUAGCUGCAAUUCCAUCAUUUUUAGUUGUGUGCUGUUUGGUGUGUAGGUUUCUGAAUAUAUGUUUGGAUGCCAGGUUGCUGAAUAUAAAUCUAACUAGGGAUGGCCUUUGGCAGGGCAGCAUUCGGGCAGAAAAAUGAGUGUUAGCUGUAUUUAGAACUAUGCUUAAAGAAAAGCACUCUAAUUCAUAGGAAAGUACAAGUCACACACAGCACAAGUCAGAAAACAGUAAUAAAAACAAAGACAAGGUAAAACACGGUAGACUGUCGUGUGUGGCGUGUGGUGACUCCACGGGGCGGGGGCAAGGUUUAUAGAAUGUUCCACUGAGGCUCAGCACACAUGCAAAAGACAAGCCCUUCCAUCUCGGGUUUGUUUCAGUGCUAUGUGCCCAGAGCAAACUCAUCAGGGUUUCAGUGACUUUGCUAGUCUAAUACGUUCUGUGAAACUGGAUAAAACAGGCACUUACAGACAUCCACUUUCAUCAAAUAUAUUUUUAUUGAUUUAAGGAGGAAAGUGCAAUUUUAAUGAUUCUCAGAAGUUAAUAUCCUUCCUUGUCAUUUAAAUCAUGGCUAUUUAAGAAGAAUUGAAUAAUCCUGGAGCUGUUAUUUAACCCACUGUCAGGUCUAUGGUAAAAACUGUAUGAAUUUAGGAAGCCUUAAUUUACCUUAGAGUAGCCAAGAAUAUUGAACAGAUAAUAGGAUUUAGUGAACUACAUAGCAGUAAGUGAUGGCAUGAAGUUAACGCAGGAAGGAAACAAGAGUGCAGAAGAAUUGUUCUGAAGGUGCAGUAAAACAGCUUUGAAAUCCAUGCCUGAGAGAGAACUCCUGCAAGCCAGCAGCACAUUGGCAGAAGAGUUAGUGAGAAACUGACGUGGGGCUAACAUUGCCUGUGUCCAGGGACAGGGGAGAAAACCUUUUCUAUUAGGAGUAAUAAGCUGGAGCCAGCAGCACAUUGGCAGAAGUGUUAGUGAGAAACCGACGUGGGGCUAACAUUGCCUGUGUCCAGGGACAGGGGAGAAAAACUUUUCUAUUAGGAGUAAUAAGUUAAAUCAAAGGUAAUUUUAAUUUUAACUCUCACUGUUUAAGACUGUGGGGCUGG